AUGGCGGGAGCGGAGCGGGGACCCCGGGAGCGGCGAGCCGGGAGGGGCCCGGGGCUACCGCGGCUGCUGCUGCUGCUGGGGGGGCUCGCCGCGCUGGCCGGAGCCCAGGUGACCUCGGAGGACAGGGAAGUGCCGGAGCACAAAUCCGUGGACGUUCCCUGCUCCGCGUUCCGCUCGGGCUCGGGCAGCGACCCCCGGAUCGAGUGGAAAUUCCAGAAGGGAUCGAGCCUGGUGCUCAUCUACUACGGGGGGCAGCUCACAGAGCCGUACCGGGAGCGGGUGCAGUUCUCGCGCACGUCGCUGCGGUUCCCGUCGGUGACACGCGAGGACAGCGGGAGGUACAUCUGUGAGGUGGUGGGGGAUGGGCACAUCGCCAAGAGCGAGGUCAACCUCAUCGUGCAAGUGCCCCCCGGGAAGCCGGUGGCCCACGUUCCCAGCUCAGCCAGUGGCGCUCGGGCCGUGCUGCGCUGCUCGGAGGAGCAGGGCUCGCCCCCGCCCACCUUCCGCUGGUACAAGGACGGCACGGAACUGCCCCGGGACCCCAAAUCCAGCCCCGCCUUCCGCAACUCCUCCUACAGCCUGGACCCGAGCUCGGGGGAGCUGGUGUUUGAGCCGGUGGGGGGCUGGGACACGGGCGAUUAUCACUGCGAGGCCUCCAACAACGUGGGCAGCCCCCAGAAAUCCGACGUGUUCCGCAUGGAGGCCAGCGAGGUGAACGUCGGGGGCAUCGUGGCCGCCGUGGUUCUGCUGCUCCUGGUCCUGGCGCUCGCCGGAUUCGGGGUCUGGUUCGCCUACAGCCGUGGCUACUUCAGCAAAAAAACAGAUGCCGGCGGCAAGAAGGUGAUUUACAGCCAGCCCUCGCGGCGCAGCGAGAGCGAGUUCAAGCAGACCUCCUCGUUCCUGGUGUGACGUCACCGCCCCCCCGGACUCUUUUUCCCGUUCCCGCCUUUCCCGCGGGAUUUUUCGCCGCCGUUUUUUUAACUCCUCUGGAACCUGGGGGGGCUGGGGGUCCCCGUGUCCCCUUCUUGUCCCCUCCUUGUCCCCCCACUGUCCCCUCCUUUGUCCCGUCAUCCUCCCAUUGUCCCCUUGUCCCCCUUUUUAUCCCCCCUUGUCCCCUCGCCUCGUUGUCCCCUCUUUGUCGCCCCCCCCCCAUUGUCCCCUCUCUGUCCCCGGGGGCUCUGGGAGGGGGCGGGCUGGUGCCACCACGUGGGGACACCGCGCGUGUCCCACUGGGCCCAGUCUGUACUGGGAUGGGGGGGGAGGGUACUGGGAAUAAACUUGUGUCCUUUA